AAUUCUUUAUUUAUACCACCCUUCUCUUUGAGUACUCUAGUACAAAAGCAUUACUCCCAAAAACUUUAUAUUUUCUCAUUCUUUAACACUUUCUUUGUUACUUUUAUGGAGUGAAAAUGGUGGACAAUAAUAGCCAAAAAAAUGAACCAUCAAGUGUUGUACACUAUUGUAAAGUAUGUAAGAGGGGAUUUAAUAGUGCUGGGGCACUUGGUGGACACAUGAGAUCUCAUGGAGCUUCAGGGGAUUCUACUAAUAGAAACUAUGGAGAAGAAAUUAGUGAACAAAAAUAUUUGAUCAAUAACUUUAGAAAGGAUAAAUCGGAGGGUCAGAAGCAACACUCGUAUAAUCUCCGUGCUAAUUCUAAUCGAUUAAUGUUGGGCAAUCGAUCAACAAGUGAUGAUGAUCGAGAUGUUGAAAAAUCGGAGUAUUCUUAUGGUCAUGAUGUUAAGGAGAAACAUUCUUCAAGAGAAGAAGAAGAAGAUCUCGCGAAUUGUUUAGUCAUGUUAUCGAACAAAUCUUAUGAUUUGUCCGAUAAAAACUACAACAUGGAGGCUAAAAACAAGGCUAAAGAAGUGGAAAAAGGUAUGUUCCAAUGUAAAGGAUGUAAGAAAGUUUUUAACUCCCACCAAGCUUUAGGGGGACAUAGAGCGAGUCACAAGAAAGUUAAAGGGUGUUAUGCUGCAAAAAUUGAUGACAACAUUAACGACGACAACAACAACAAUGAUGAUGAUGAUAAUGACAUCGAUGAAGACUCGAUGAUCUCUCCUAGUGAUUUAAUUUUUCAUCAAGAAUCUAACUCUUUUCAGUCCCAAUCUCCAUCAUCAUCAAGCUCGUUUUCAAGAAAGAGAUUGAGGGUUCACCAAUGCUCAAUUUGUCAUCGCGUCUUUUCAUCUGGACAAGCCUUGGGUGGACACAAAAGAUGUCAUUGGCUAACAUCAAGUUUGCCAGAGACUACUUUUAUACCUACUUUUCAAGAAAUCCAAUAUCACAACCAAGAACAAUUACUAUACAACAAGCCCUUAUUUACAAACUCUCAUCAGCCACUAGAUCUAAAUUUUCCAGCACAAAUAGGCAAUCCAAAUGAAGUUGGACUGAAACUAUACAAUAAUCCAUUUGAACAUGAAGGCCAAAGAAGCUAUCUCCAACUAUGGACAGACCAACAAGUUGAUACUAAACAAAAUCACAAGUGCAAGGAUUCAACAAAGGAUUUGAGUAGUGAAGAAAAUUGCAAGGCAAAGAAAGCAAAAUUGAGUAACCUUAAAGAUGUGAAUUUGGAUGGAGGUUCUUCUUGGUUACAAGUAGGGAUUGGUCCAACUCCUGAUAUAGUAGCAACCCUCUAAGGUUAGUAUCCAAGUUAUUGUUUUGUUAACUACAAAAUAUAUACAGUUUAAUAUACUCUCCGUUUCCAUUUAUAUGACAAGUAUUUUGAGACAUUUUACUAAUGUUUAACAUAUAUUUAUAAUAAAAUUAAUAUUCUAUCCAACUUCCACUAGUUACAAGUUGGAAUUAGUCCAACCGUACCCCUGAUGUAGUAGCAGCUUAGUAUUGAAAUGAUUGUUUGGCCAACUACAAAAUAUUGUUAAAUAUCACUCCGUCCCAAAAAUAGUUCCAAUGUUUAACAUAUCUAUGAUAAUACUAAUAUUCUAUCCAACUUUCUCUAUGUUACAAGUUGGAAUUUUUCCCACCCCUUAUGUAGUCGCAACCCUCUAAAGGUAGUAUUCAAGUAUUCGUUUCCUCAACUACAAAAUGUAGUUAAAUAUACCUUUCGUCCCAAUUUAUAUGAUAACUAGCUUCUGCGCAACGCGUGUGUGGGGCCGUACAUUAAGUUUGAGCUGAGCAGGAAAAUUACAUA